AUGGAAAAGCCCAGCACCGACCUAGUCGAGCACGCCGAUGACCAGCACCUCGGCCACCUAGCCAAUCAAGAAGAUCACGAGCUAGGAAAAUGGCAAAGCCUGAAGAAAUACCCAUGGACCUUCGCAUGGUGCGUCUACGCCGUAUGGUGCAUCCUCCUCGUCAGUUUCGAGAACCAAGCAUCAGGAAACGUAACCGGUAUUCCUGAGUUCCGUAAAGACUUCGGGCAUUUCUAUGACGGCGCCUGGGUUCUCGAGGCGAAGUGGCAGUCUGCAUUCAGUGGCGGGCCAGUGGCGUCGGCCGUUGUUGGGGCGCUGUGCUCUGGUCAGAUUGCGGAUGCUAUUGGGCGCAAACUGACGAUUGGAGUGUCGCUUUUAAUUACUGUUGCUGCUGUUACCUUGGAGUUUGUUGCGACUACCAAUGAGAUGUUCUUUGGGGGAAGUUUCUUAAUGGAGAUCUCCCCCCUCGCCCUCCGCGGCACCCUCACCUGUCUCACAGCUCUGGCAUACUGUAUUGGCCCUUUCGUCGUCGCCCUGAUAACAAACACGACUGGAACUUAUACAAACCGCUGGGCUUACCGUGCCGUGUUUGUAGCUCAGUACGGCUACGCCGCACUAGCACUCGCCUUGAUAGCAUUCAUGCCCGAGUCACCUUGGUGGCUGGUGUCCAAGAACCGCGACGACCAAGCCCUCAACAGUCUCCGCAAGCUGGGCUACAGCGAAGAAGAGCGCGCCAAAAAGAUCGCCAAUAUCAGGGUGACUCUUGAAGAUAUCAAGCGCGAGACUGAGGGCGUUACGUAUCUGGAAUGUUUCCGUCGCUCCAAUCUGCGGCGUACGAUCAUCUCCAUCGUCCCGCUAAGUAUCCAGGCUUUGUCUGGUGUUGUCUUUGCGGCUGGUUACUCGACAUACUAUAUUCAGCUGGCUGGAUAUAGCACAGAGAUGAGCUUCAGACUUCAGAUUGCGCAGCAGGUGUGCUCACUUGUUGGCAAUGUCAUGUCUUAUUUCCUGAUUGACAGGGUUGGCCGUCGCAAUGUGAUGCUUUACGGCUUGGGCAUAUUAACCGUCAUCCUGAUGUUGACCGGUGGACUGGCGGUAGUUGGAGCGGAUACCUCAAACCCCAACUCCGGGGGUGCGAUCAAGGGUACGGUAGCGUUGAUCCUGAUCUACUGCUGGUGGUACAAUAUGACCAUUGGAUCAGCGGCAUAUACCAUCUUGGCUGAAGUGUCGACGUCCAGACUGCGAAUUAAGACUAUUGCUAUUGGGUUGGCAUUGCAGAAUGCGCUUUACACUAUGUGGUCAUUUGUUUUGCCCUAUCUUUUCAAUCCUGAUCAGGCGAACCUUGGUGCAAAGGUUUCUUUUAUCUUUGGUGGUCUAUCGGUGAUUUGUCUGGUUUAUUUGUGGUUUUAUCAGCCCGAGACUGGCGGCAGGACUUAUGCUGAGCUUGAUGAGAUGUUUGUUAAGGAGGUUCCUGCGAGGAAGUUUAAGGCUUAUCAGACUGAUGCUGAGGCUAUGGGCGUUGCUGUCAAAGAGGGUGAUGUCAGUGUUUAG